GGCCGGAAGGGAAGGGGGCAGACGAGCACCGCAUGCGCUGUUCGCAGGCGGCCCCUGGAGUGGAGUCGAGUUGGUGGUUUCGUCGGCCCGGCCGGAGUGCGCCUGCGCGGUCCCCGGGUUCCCUCCACCUCCGCUUCCCUCCCCCUGUCCCCCGCGGGGCCUCUGGGUCCGGCGGGACCAUGUUCACCAGCACCGGUUCCAGUGGGCUUUACAAAGCACCUGUGUCCAAGGGUCUUUUACUGGUCCCCAGUGCCCUGGCCCUCCUGCUGGCCCUCCUCCUUCCACACUGUCAGAGGUUCUUUGUGUACGACCUCCAGGCAGUCAAGGACGACUUCCAGAUUUGGAGGUUGAUUUGUGGAAGAAUAAUUUGCCUUGAUUUGAAAGAUACUUUCUGCAGUAGUCUGCUUAUUUAUAAUUUUAGGAUAUUUGAAAGAAGAUAUGGAAGCAGAAAAUUUGCAUCCUUUCUGCUGGGUUCCUGGGUUUUGUCAGUGGUGGGUGACUUCGUCCUCGUUGAAGCUGUGCGGUAUUCCUUUGGUAUCACUGCAGCCAGGAAUUUGCCUUCUGGAUUCCUGGCACCUGUGUUUGCUCUGUUUGUACCAUUUUACUGCUCCAUCCCGAGAGUCCAGGUGGCACAUAUUCUGGGCCCGUUGUCCAUCACAAACAAGACACUGAUUUAUAUAUUGGGACUACAGCUUUUCACCUCUGGUUCCUACAUCUGGAUUGUAGCCAUAAGUGGACUUAUCUCCGGGCUCUGCUACAACAGCAAAAUGUUACAAGUUCAUGAGGUGCUCUGCGUCCCCAGCUGGAUGGCAAAGUUCUGUUCUUGGACACUUGAGCCCAUCUUCUCAUCUUCAGAACCCACCAGCGAGGCCAGAAUCGGGAUGGGGGCCACGGUAGACAUUCAGAGACAGCAGAGGAUGGAGCUGCUGGACCGGCAGCUGAUGCUGUCACAGUUUGCACAAGUGAGGCGGCAAAGACAGCAGCAGGGAGGAAUGAUCAACUGGAACCGUCUUUUCCCUCCUCUACGUCAGCGACGAAACAUAAACUAUCAGGAUGGUCUGCAGUCUGAGCAGCAAGCGUCCCCUCCUCUAGAGGUUUCGGAGGAGCAGGUUGCCCGGCUCAUGGAGAUGGGCUUUUCCAGAGGUGAUGCUUUGGAAGCCCUGAGAGCUUCAAAUAAUGACCUUAACGUGGCCACCAACUUCCUGCUGCAGCACUGACGGUCCCAGAGGACAGCACGGGCUGGCGGGCUGCUGACCACAGCGGUGCCGCCCCGCUGCCGGCUCAGCCCCAGGACCCGGCGAGGUCUCUGGCGAGAUGUCCUCGCUGUCCUCCUGAGCAAAGGGUGGCCCCCGCUGCUCCCUCCCUUAAUUCCAAGAUCAUUACCAUUAAGUAUCCAAAAUAAGUUCGCCAUUAAGGUAGCAUGUAUUUUCUAUCUUUA